CUGAAUUCGUCAUUUUUUUGCAGAGCGGCAUUGCUGCAGGUCCAAAUGGACUGGGGCUCUUUCCAGUUAUUAGUGGCCUUGUGAAUCCCUUUAAGAGCAAUAAUAUGUUGGAGACGAUGGCAAACUUUGGGUUGGUCUUGUACGUGUUCCUAGUGGGGUUGGAGAUGGACAUUACCACAAUCAAGGGCAUUCAGAAGAAGGUCAUGAGCAUUGCCAUCGCUGGGGUUCUGCCUCCCCUGUUAAUUGGCUUUGUUUUGUACUCUUUAUUUCAGAAUCAUCAAGACUUCAAAUUCGUAAGUGGUGGCUUUUUCUGGGGAAUGUCCCUCUCCGUAACAAGCUUCCCUGACCUUGCCCGAGUCCUUUCCGACCUCAAAAUCCUCCACACUGACAUGGGAAGGAUGGCCUUAUCCGCUGGACUUGUUAACGAUUUGUCUCCAUGGGCACUUCUUGUUCUUGCUGUAACAAUGAUUAAUCUGGAACCAAGCUAUCACCUCGCCCUCCUCACCUUGAUUUUUCUAAUCUUCUGUUGGUAUGGGCUGCGUCCAGCAAUUUCCUGGUUGAUUCACCACACCUCAAAAGAUGGCAAAUUAACUGACCUCCAUUUCUAUUUUAUUCUCUCGGGGGUCAUGGUGUGUGCAUUCAUCACAGACGCAAUCGGAUCUCAAUCCUUAAUUGGAGCUUUAAUGUUCGGACUCAUCAUGCCAAAUGGGGAGCUUGGACUGAAAUUCAGGGACAAGUUCGAAUACUUUGUGUCCGAGAUCAUGAUGCCCGCUUUCUUCAUGACCAGUGGUCUCCGGACAGACGUGUUUUAUGUAUUCGAGUUCAACCUCGAUGCAAUAAAGAAAAAUUUGGUAGCAAUCUUCAUAAUUCUCUUGGCUUCCACUGCCAAAUUUAUAAGCACUUCCAUUGUCUCCUUCUGCUACCGUAUGCCAGCUCAUGAUGCUAUGGCCAUUGGACUUCUUAUCAGCACCAAAGGAGUAUUGUCCUUGAUUAUACUCAAUGCCGGACGAAACCUUCAGGUAGAUACAUCCCUUCCUUCCUUCAUCUUCAUCAAAUAUCAGAUUGACAUGCAGUGCCUAGACAAUAAAGAAUUUACUGCCAUGGCAUAUGCUACGCUCUUAAUGACGGCUGUGGUGAAGCCAAUCAUGCUUUUGAUUUAUAAGUCCCUCAAGCGCUUUAAGCAACAUAAGAACAGGAGCGUGGAGACAAGUAAACCAGAUUCCGAGCUUCGAAUUCUUUCUUGUGUUCAUUCCACUCGCAACCUCUCCGGUAUAAUUAACUUCCUUGAAAUUUCAAACCCAACAAAGAAAUCCCCAAUUUGCGUCUUCGCAGUACAUCUUGUUGAACUGGUAGGCCGUGCUUCGGCAAUGCUGAUCAUCCAUGACACAGGCAAGCCUGUGGGACUAUUAGGCCGUGAAAGAGCAGAGUCCGAGCAAAUCAUCAGUGCAUUCAAAAACUACGAAUCCAGUCACGAAGAAGCAGUCUCUGUUCAACCACUUACAGCCGUCUCCCCUUACAGCAGUAUGCACGAAGACAUAUGCGCCCUUGCAGAGGACAAGCAGGUCACACUCGUUCUGAUUCCAUUUCACAAACUCCCUAAAGCAGACGGUGUAUUGCAGGACGGAAACAACACUAUCAGAAACAUCAAUCAAAACCUGCUAGCCAAAGCCUCAUGUUCAAUUGGGAUACUCGUAGACCGUGGGUCCGGACCAGCAAUGCGAAGUGAAUCAGAUCGGGGUGCGAUCCCUGAGCGUCAUAUCACCAUGAUCUUCAUAGGUGGACCAGACGACCGAGAGGCAUUAGCGUACGCGCGGAGGAUGGCGGGUUACCCGAGAACGAACUUAGUGGUGGUGCGAUUUGUUGCAAGCAAAGAUGGAACAGACAUAAGAACAAACACUUGGAAGGCAUCGGCCGUACAAGAGGACGAUGAUUACAUCAACGAAUUCAGAUUCAGAACAAUGAGCGAUAAGAACAUAACAUACGUCGAAAAGGUAUCGAAUUCCGGGGAAGAAACAGUGGCAACCAUAAAAACAAUGUUCCACGACUUCGACAUGUACAUUGUGGGGCGAGGGGAAGGAUUCAUCUCUCCAUUAACGUCGGGGCUAUCAGAGUGGAGUGACUGUCCGGAGUUGGGACCAAUAGGUGACAUCAUAGUCUCGUCUGGGUUCGCACAGCAAGCAACAGUGUUUGUGAUCCAACAAAGUGUUCCUGCCGCUGCCAAAAUUUCUGGGCCUGGAACCAUGACUUGGCGCUUGGGGAAUCAUUUUAGUCAGGAGCGGACACAUGAUUUUAUCUAAGAAAGGGCAGAGCUAUGCGGGAGCAACGCAUUCGAAUUAUUUUGAAAUCAUCUCAUUAACUUCUUUUGAAAUAGUAUGUAGAACAUUUUCCUCAAUGAACACAACUAACUAUCAUUAUUCAUUGAUCGCUCAUUCGAUUUCGAAUCUAAUUCUUCAUAACCAUUAUGA